AUGCCGCACGAUGAUGAAUUCCAAAAUAAACCAUCCCUUGCAGCUCUCUCUAGUCGCCCUGGGGCCUUCGGUGCCCUUGCUCGUUUUUGGAAACGUUCGUAUGCUGCGGACUAUGUGAGCUUGAUAGUGAUCGUGGUGGGGUGGAUGCUGAUACAAAUAUUUGUCCUUCCCUUUCAUCGCAUGUUUACCCUAGACAAUGUCUCCAUUCAAUUCCCUUUCACGGAGGUGGAAAGGGUUCCAGUCUUAUGGUCAAUUAUAUACUCGGAAGUUUUUCCAUUAGUUGUUAUCGUCUUAUGGGCUGUGAUAAUUCGACCGGAAGUGCAUUUCGCCCACGUUUCAGUACUUGGGCUACUCGUCACUCUUGCUCUGACAUCUUUUCUAACCAAUAUAAUAAAGAAUGCGGUUGGAAGGCCAAGGCCUGAUCUUCUCUCGCGCUGUAGUCCGAAAAAGGGGACACCGGAUCAUUUGCUGGUUACCCUUGAUGUUUGCGGAGAGCCCGACUCGCACAAACUACAUGAGGGAUGGAGGAGUUUUCCGAGCGGGCAUAGCAGUAUUGCUUUUGGGGGGUUGGGAUAUCUCGCCAUGUUUCUUUCUGGCCAAUUACGUGUCUUCCGGCCUCGAACCGGUCUGGCAAAAUUCCUUUUCUCUCUAUCUCCACUACUGGGCGCUCUGAUGAUCGCCAUGUCUCGAUUGGAAGAUUAUCGACAUGAUGUAUAUGACGUAACAGCUGGCUCACUCCUGGGACUGUCAGCUGCAUACUUUACAUACCGACGCUAUUAUCCACCUUUGCGAUCGGUUGAUUGUGAAAAUCCCUACAGUAGAGCGGAUAUUCCCCCUGAAGGAUUCCAUAAGGUUGCAAGAGAUGAGGAAGAGCGUCUAUAUGACGGCACUCCUGCUCGAGGCGUAUCUGAGGGGUAUGGUGCUCGAUAUCAGAGGCGGGAGAUAGGCUCAGGCAGUCGGAAUUAG